UAAAAUGAACACUUUUGUUUUGACAUCUUUUGACGUUUUUGUCACUUAUUUUGCUGGUUUAGUUGACAUUUUUGUCUCUUUUCAACGUUUUUGUAGAAUUGUUCGACGUUUUGUUCGUCCCCCCCCCCACACUACUACCAGUGUACACUAACAACAACUUAUUACCACUAUUUUUGGGAAUUUCUGGUCACUAAACCUUAUAUAAUAUAGCCUUCAUGAAAAAAAUAUCUAACUUUUGAGUUAAAAGAAAGUAUAAAGUAUUAAUUACUUUGACUAAUAUUUAAGAUCAGAGGAUGUUGAUGGAUAAUCACAGACUCAGAAUAAUGCUGUGAAAUUGAAUAAAACACCCAAAAGUCAGUGAUAGUCGUGAACUGAGCAUUAAUUUUGACUUGUGAAGAGUGUUCUCAUGGAACCAUCCCAUCCAUUUGGUUGAAAGAAAUCCAAAUUUCUGCUACAGAAACUUUCAAAAAAACGGGCCAAAUUCGAGCCGAAGACAACAUGAGGGCUUACCAUGUCAUUCUCUUACAGAUAUGUUGUUGAUAUGUACACGGUUCCUUAAAAAAAACAUCCAGUUACACAUGGUAACAUUUACAAUAUGCAGAAAGUUUAAUAAAAUUGUUUUUUUUAAACCCAGCCUUGGACAUGAAUCACAAAAUAACACGAGCACGCUCUAAAGAAAAGUACAAACUAUGAACAGACUCUAAUUGUGAAUAUAUGUACAGUGAUAGUGCGUGAUAGUAUUCUAUAUGUACUGUAGGUAGAACAAGGGUCAUAUAUUGUAUAUUUUGACAAAAAUCUACAUAAAAAAACGUUUUAAAUAUCAUUUUGAUAGAGCACGGCCGUCACCGAGCUCAAAGUACAACACUUUGGAGAUACGUGGUUUCCACAGUCAGGGUUUUACUGCUGUUAAAUGAGCGAGAAGCAACAGGGCGAGUGACCGAGAGAGAGAGACACACACACACACAGCCGCUCUUCUUAUCCUCUCCAUGAUAAGGGCAAGCGAGAGGACGCUGUGUAAAUAUUAAACCAUCAUUUCCAGGAGGAACGCUCUCAAUGAUUUGCUCCGUAACCGAUACCCAAUCAUCAGCCUGAACGUGUGUGCAUGCGUUUGUGGCAGAGACACCGACCCCAGACUUGGUGACUCGGACUCGAGUCGCCUUUUCGAUGACUUGCGACUUCACAUCAAAAGUAGAGGGGAAUCGAGCUUUUUGCGGCCGAGAGAGGCGGAGCGAGUGCGUCCAUGUGAUGGCGGCUGAACACUUAUGAUCGGAAAAACAUGGAGGCCGUCAGCGCAGUCAACGCCACGCCGGACGACCCCGGGUUCCCUUACUACGACCCGACGACCGGCGCUGACCCCCCGGAGUUGCCCACGCUGGUGUUUGAGGGAGUCAAUUUCCCAGAGGACACCAUCAAACUGUUGAGUGUGCAGGUGGUGUUGAUCUUGGCCUACAGCACCAUCAUCGUGCUGGGGGUUCUGGGUAAUUCUCUGGUCAUCUACGUCAUCUAUCGCUUCAAGUCGCUCCGCACCGUCACCAACUUCUUCAUCGCCAACCUAGCUGUCGCCGACCUGCUGGUGAACACGCUGUGCCUCCCCUUCACCCUCGUCUACACGCUGCAGGGGGAGUGGAAGUUUGGCAGUACCCUCUGCUUCCUGCUGCCCUACGCCCAGGGGCUCGCCGUGCACGUCUCCACGGUGACGCUUAACGUCAUCGCCCUGGACCGCCACAGGUGUAUUGUGUACCACCUGGAGACCAGGAUGCGCAAGGACGUGUGUUUCGGGGUGAUAGCGCUGACUUGGGUGCUGAGCGCCGUGCUUGCCAGUCCUCUGGCCAUCUUCAGAGAGUACGGCUCCUUCAGCAUGGAACCGGGACACACCAUACAGGUGUGCACGGAGAAGUGGCCCGGUAAAAACACGGACGGCACCCUCUACAGCAUCUCCAUGUUGAUCCUGCAGUACUUCCUGCCGCUGUCCAUCAUCUCCUUCGCCUACGCCCGCAUCUGGUCCAAACUGCGCGGCCACGUCAGCCCGACGGACAGCGUGGGCGUCGCCGUCAGUAAGAGCAGCGCCGGCUCGGAGCGCCACCGCCGGCGCCGCAAGACCACCAAGAUGCUGGUGACCAUGGUGGUGGUGUUCGGCGUCAGCUGGCUGCCGUUCCACGCCUUCCAGCUGGCCACCGACAUCGACAGCUCGGUGCUGGACCUGCGCGACUACCGGCUGCUCUACACCGUCUUCCACGUGGUCGCCAUGUGCUCCACGUUCGCCAACCCGCUGCUGUACGGCUGGAUGAACCGCAACUACCGCGCCGCCUUCCUCGCUGUCUUUAAGUGUCGCAAGGGGGCGGAGCGGGGCGGGAGGGGCGGCCGGCUGGACAGCAUCCACCCCGUUGGCGGGGGAGGGGGAGGAGGAGGAGGGAGGGCGAAGAAGAUAGUGCUCGAGACCCAGGACGUGGUGUCCACGCACCUGAACGCCACGGACGUGUGAGAAGGAGGAGGGAGACGGAAGGAGGGAGACGAAGAGGGCGACGGAGGACAGACGACAAGGAAACGAUGGAGGGGAUGACGGAGAGAAUAAAAGAAAAUGGUUGUCAGGAAAUCUUUAGUUUCCCAAAAGACAAUAGACGCAAGAAAAACAAGAUUCCAUGGAGACAAAACCAGAGGGGAGAGAAAAAUAGAAACAACGAGAGAGAGCGAGAGAGAGAGAUCAAGGCGAGGGGGAUUAAAGAGUUUUUGGAAGCCCGAAAUAGAAGAGGAGGCAAAGAACGAGCAGGGAUUAGAAAAAGAAGAAUGACAGCAGGGCUGCUGAAUGACUCAAGGUCUCCUCGUCCAAUCGAAGCGGCGCCCGUCGAGGACGCGACCUCGGAGGGGGAUUUGUUCCAGAGAAAGGAUGUGUGUGACACUGACAAAGUGAUAACGUUUCCAGGAGUUUCGCCUGAAUAGAAGACAAGUGGCUUUCAUUUUUGGGGGUUGACAAAGAUCCCCGAGACAUUUGAUGGAUAACUUCAGAUAAGAUUAUGUUCCUGAAAACCGAUACGACAAUAACUUUGGACUUUGAAUGCAACAUAGAAUCUUUACCUAUGUCUUUACAUAGGGAUUGAACUUGCAACAUUUCAGGCAGCAGUUUCCAGGAGUAGAAAGAAGUGGCUUUUGCUUUUCGGGGGUUGACAAAAACGGUCCCCGAGACAUUUGACGGAAAACUUCAGAUGACUCAAGGUCUCCUCGGCAGGCAGGACACGGACGCAUAUUAGCAGGUCUGCAGGGAAUUGAACUUGCAACGUUUUCAGGCAGCAUUUUCCAGGAGUGUCCCGGAGUAGAAAGAAGUGGCUUUGCUUUUCGGGUUGACAAACCUCCCCGAGACAUUUGGUGGAAAACUUAAAGGUCCUAUGACAUGCUGCUUUUUGGAUGCUUUUAUAUAGGCCUUAGUGGUCCCCUAAUAC